AUGCAACCAACCCUCAACCUCGAUCAUUUUCUCACUGACGAUGACUGUGACAUUGGGGACGAAUACGCAUCGGUUGUGGACGCUGCUCUUGAUAUGAGACGCAAAUUCUCUUCGGUAUUGAGGCAGGCGCGGCAGUUGAAGACGACAUUGCAAGCCAAACAAGCUGAUCUCGAACAUGAACGACAGCGACUGGAGCUUCGAACAAUUGCCGAGACUAGUCGAAACAAGCUCAGGCAACAAAGCCGCAGACUGCGACAGUGUAAAGAUGACAAUCGAUCGUUACGCCUCCAGAAUCAAGAGCUGGCCAGUCGUCUGGAAGUUGCGCGAAAGGAAUUGGAGAAGGUCGAUCAUCUUCGGUGCACACUCUGUACGGUGGCAUUCAAGGAUGCCAUGCUUCCCUGUGGUCAUACAGCCUGUAGGGUAUGCUUGGAUUUGUGGAUAGGCCAAGGCAACGACUGUCCGUGGUGCCGGCGAAGCUUUGAAGUAGGUGAUAUCCGAGAUCUCUACCUUGCGGAUCCUAGUGCGACUGCGGAUGCCCUCGAGGAGGAUGGUGAUGUGACAGAUGUUAUCUCACUGGCUAGCGAUAGUGAGUAG